AUGAUGCGGCUCUCAGAACCAAUACUGGACAUGGAAAUGGCAAACUACAGUGAAGUUUUAGAUCCAACAUAUACAGCACUGGAGUUCGAAACUAUGCAGAUUCUGUAUAAUGGCAAUGACAGUUCAGGAGAAGCUGUCAACAUGAAUGCUGCUGACAACGGGGUCAGUAGUCUCUGUGCAAUAUGUGGAGACCGAGCGACCGGAAAACAUUAUGGUGCUUCCAGCUGUGAUGGAUGCAAGGGAUUUUUUAGACGUAGCAUAAGGAAAAACCACGUCUAUUCAUGCAGAUUCAGCCGACAGUGUAUUGUUGACAAGGACAAAAGGAAUCAAUGCAGAUAUUGUCGUUUAAAAAAGUGUUUUCGAGCAGGAAUGAAAAAGGAAGCUGUACAAAAUGAACGGGACAGGAUAAGUACAAGAAGAAACACUUUUGAUGGCUGCAACAGUCCCUCUAUUAGCACAUUGUCACAAGCCGAGACACUCUCCCGCCAGAUCUCAAUUUCCAGUCCUGGUGCUAGCACUGAUAUAAAUGUUAAGAAAAUUGCUGGUGUUAGUGAUGUCUGUGAAUCUAUGAAGCAACAACUUUUGGUCCUGGUGGAAUGGGCUAAAUAUAUUCCGGGCUUCUGUGAACUACCACUCGAUGACCAGGUUGCCCUGCUAAGAGCACAUGCUGGGGAGCACCUGUUGCUUGGAGCAGCAAAACGGUCCAUGGCAUACAAGGACAUUUUACUUUUAGGCAACAAUUACAUAAUCCAUCGCAACAGCACUGAAAUGGAGAUCUGCCGAGUGGCAAAUCGGAUUCUGGAUGAAUUAGUUCGUCCCUUCCAGGAAAUUCAAAUAGAUGACAAUGAAUAUGCUUGCUUGAAAGCGAUUGUGUUUUUUGAUCCAGAUGCAAAAGGCUUGAGUAAUCCAUUGAAGAUUAAGAAUAUGCGAUUCCAAGUCCAAAUCAGUUUAGAGGAUUAUAUUAAUGACCGUCAGUACGACUCCAGAGGAAGAUUUGGAGAACUUCUUCUUCUACUGCCUACACUCCAAAGCAUCACUUGGCAAAUGAUUGAGCAGAUACAGUUGGUUAAAUUAUUUGGAAUUGUUAAAAUUGACAGUUUGCUUCAGGAAAUGUUACUGGGAGGUACUUCUAAUGAUGCCAGUCAUCUGCAUCAUCCAAUGCAUCCUCACUUAGCCCAAGAUCCAUUAACUGGCCAAACUGUCCUCAUAAGUUCAAUGUCUGCUCCUGUACAUACAGAACAGAUACCAACUCCAGAAACUCCAUUACCUUCCCCUCCACAAGGCUCUGGGCAAGAAUACAAAAUGUCUGCAAAUCAAGCUUCAGUCAUUGCACAGCAAUCUAUUUUGAAGCAAAAACCAUUGUGA